AGCCUGAUAGAACGCAAGUCUUCAUCCUUCUUGGGUUCCCUGACCUGAUCCGAUUCCCACCCGCACCGUCGCCGCCGCCGCCGCAAUGUCCUUCUCUCAGCCUUUCCACCCCGACCUGGUCAGGCACCGACCUCACCCCUAUAGCCACGACCCCCCUCCUCCCCACCGCCCCCGCCGCCGCGGCCGUGACCAUGACGACGCGUACCGCACCCAUUCCCAAUCGUACCCCCAGCCAUGUCCCCAUGCCAACACUGUCCCCUACCACCCCCGCCACGAUCCGCUCGCUCUCUCCCACCUCCAGGAACCUAUCUUUCUGGCCCCCUCUCAGCGGGCCCCGGGCCCACCUCCGCCGAAGCGGGCUCGCCGCGCGCCAGAGCCCCGGUGUGAUCCGUCGGUCGCGGCCGUGCCACGCCUGUUGCCGACGAGACAUCCCGAGGAUGGUGACGCCAGGGCGUUGCUGUCGCGAGAGGAGAUCGAGCGAAGGUCACCUUCGUGGAAGGACGGCAUCGACUCCGCUUUGGAGGCAAGGUUGCGCGCGUCCUACUGCGCCUACCUGCGCUGCCUCGGCUUCCGCCUUGGGCUGCCGCAGACGACUGUUGCGACGGCAGUGGUGUAUUGCCAUCGGUUCUUUUUCCACAGAUCCCAUGCCUGCAACGACAGAUUUUUGGUUGCGACUGCGGCAUUGUUUCUGGCAUCAAAGACAGAGGAAACAACAUGCCUUUUGAAUACUAUUCUUAGGGCUUCUUGUGAAGUUUCUGAAAACCAAGAAUUCAACCUCCUUCCUUACAUGUCGCGUGGUCAAAACUGGUUUGAACUGUACCGAGAAAGUGUAAUACAGGCGGAGCAGAUGAUACUGACAACGCUUGAUUUUGAACUUGAAGUGGCCCAUCCAUAUACUUCACUUUCAUCCGCUUUGAGCAGACUAGGACUUUCACAUUCCGUUCUAUUUAACGUUGCCUUGAGUCUGAUUAAUGAAGGGAUGCUCUGUGCAUGUCAUAUGCGGGUUAUAGCGGUACAAUCAUGAAUACCUAUUACAAUCUGGCAAAUGGACAGAAAACAAAAGAACAGCUGAACAUAUGAGAGGUUAAAUGGAGGUUGUUAUGAAGGUAAAUGCUAGUCAGCCAUUGCUUUGUGGACCUAUUAGGUAGCAAGACUGGAAUGAAGAUACAACUGAUCUUCUGCCAAUGUGUAUUAGUCAACUAAUCUACAUUUCACUACGAACUAACCUCAUCUGGGAGCAAUGUGUAUUAGUCAGUUGAUCUUCUACCAAAGCACAAUAACUUGAUCUGAAUGGUGCCAGUGCAACACUUGUUCAAAUUGUAUCACUGAAAUGAUUAGACAUUUCAGUGUGAUUUUUUUAUAAAGUGAGAUCUAACAUUUCCAAGUGUUAAUCAUUUCUUGUACUCUCCCUAUCUGCCAGACAAUUAGGAUCAAAGGAUGGCAUGCACAACUAACACAAAAGACUAUAUGGACUAUCUGUCAUAGUUUGCUGUGUUGCAAUGUCAACUUGAUGUAAUUGUUGUUAGUUGAAGUUCCCAAAACUUUAUAAAGAUUCAUCCAGCAACUGUAUAUGUUUAUCUUAAUUUUCUCUUUUCCUAUACUUCAACGACAAAUAGGAGCUCAGUUUGAUGUAGAUUGUUGAUUCUAUGUAUAUGCAACCUUUCUAAAACUAUCCAAAAGCAAUUAUCCAUUCUGUGCAUGAAGGUGUAUGCUAUUGCAAUGAUAGUAUAAAUUGUUUGCAUAACUAUUGCAGUGGUCUGCCAUAUUCAAGCAAUUGUAUAGAAUAACAAUCUUCAAGGAUAAAUAUUUUCAUGUUUCAAAAAGAAGAUAACCUUCUUGGAGGUAGAUAAUGUAGUUAUGUGGGACUUCCAGAAGCAUCGGUUCAAAUUCCCCUGGCAUUGGGUAAAUAUGGCAUAUAGCCACACUGUUCUGUGGACAUGAAAUCUAUGUGACAUAUGUGAGCAUGAGUAAAUUCCUUGUUUGAAAAAUCGUCCACUCUUUGUAAAUUUGCAUUGAGACUAUGGUUUGCAUUAAUUCUAAAUCCCUAAAAGCUCUGUAGAGGAAGUUGUUAGUGGUACCUUCGUAUGGCGAGAUCGACCCCAUGCUAUGCUAGAUAGAAGCCCCAAGUCUUUACUUUCUAAGUAUGUGAAUGACAUGUAUGCCAUUGCAAAAGUGUGGAAAGUGUGAGAACACCAUCUCAAGACUUGGAAUUCCAAUCCACUAUACAGUUGUGAACACAGUGCUGAAGAAGCAUGUCAGGUGCUGUGAACAUAUAAUUUUGUUUCCACAAGAAUGCUAUGCUACUGUUAGCAUGUCAGGUGUUGUGAACAUGCAAUUUUGUAUCCACAAGAAUGCUAUGAUACUGGUAUCAUGGUGCAAACUUAAGUUUGUUAAACCAUAUUUGCAUAGGACUAGUUCUAUUU